UCGAGAAAAUAUUUUGACUAUUCUCUUUUCUUUUUCUCGAGAAAAUUAAAAAAGGAAAAUACAAACAACAGCAAAAAAGUUCAAAAAGGAAACCCUAACAAAUAAUAAACUCUCCUGAUGCACUGUCACAGUUACUUAUCUCGCGUAGCAUCUCACUAGUGACGUAGUUAUCUGUCUAUCCCGGCGACCAGAUCGGGCCUCUCACCGGCGAGAGAUUGUUACUUUCUUUUUCUCUUCAAAAUUUUAUCACGAUUCCCAGAACUGGUUUAGGAAUGAACCACCAUGAUCUGAAGGCACAGAGAAGGGAGAUGAAGCAUAAAGGAAGAAAUGUAGUAUGGUCAAUUGCGAUGGACAAGUGUCUAAUCGAAGCUCUGGCAAUUCAGGCUAGAAACGGGAAUAAAAUUGACAAGUGCUUUAAUGAAAAUGCAUAUACUGCUGCUUGUAUUGCUGUAAAUUCUCAUUUUAAUUUGAACUUGAACAACCAAAAAGUUGUUAAUCGUCUUAAGACAAUUAAGAAAAGGUACAAGGUAAUGAGGGAUAUUCUAAGUCAAGACGGAUUUUGGUGGAAUCCAAAUACGAAGAUGAUUGAAUGUGACAGUGAAGAUCUAUGGAAAAGAUAUAUAGCGGCACACCCCGAUGCAAAAGGAUUUUGGGGAAAGCAGAUUGAGAUGUAUGAUGAGCUAAAGAUUGUUUGUGGCAACUAUCAAGCCCCGAGUCGUUGGGCUAAGAUGAAGGACGGAGGUCAUCCAACGGGAUACAAGAAUUUUGAAGAGGAUUCUGCUUCUUUCGCAUCACCAAGUUCCGAUGACUUAAGUGAUACAGAUGACACCGAAUCAUAUUCCAGGCAACCAGAGUAUUUACAAGAAGGUAGUCAAGACCCACCUGUAAUGGAACCGCCCAGACAACUUUCAAAGCAGCCUCGCGAAGCAGAUGCUCUUCAGGAGGCAAUGGUGGCAGUGGCAUCCAGCAUUCAGCGGUUGGCUGAUGCAAUGGAUCGAAGUAAAACUACAAUCAAUCCCUCCGAAUUGCUACAGGCUGUUCUGGAGAUCGAUGGUCUGGAAGAAGCUAAACAGAUGUAUGCAUUCGAGUAUUUGAAUGCAGACCCUAUGAAAGCUCGGGCGUUCCUGGCGUAUAAUGUUCGGAUGAGGAAGAUGUAUUUGUUUCGACAGUUUUGGUGGUGGAAAUGAAUGGCGGGUGCUGAAUUUCAAAUCCUUUGGGUAUAUAAUCUACAGUAGUGUGGGAAUAUUUAUAGAGUUGGGAAAUUAAACUUAUUUCAUUGAUCGUUCGAAAUGAAUGUACAGAAUUCAGAUGUAAAGAAGCAAUCUGGGAGCACAUGUCUCUAUUCUUGAAGGAGCUUAGCUGUAGGGGUAAACUCUUGUUAUUAUACUUGAGACUCGAACGUGAAUGUUGGAUGCAUGUAUGUUU